AUGAGCAUAGUAAUCGCUCUGGGAGUCACCACACCUGAAGCGUCUUACACAGAAAUGGCUGCUGGAUCAGACCCUGAAUCCGUUGAAGCAAGCCCUGCAGUUAAUGAGAAAAACUUCAACAAUCACAGUUGUGGAAGUGCACAAAGUCAUGGCUAUCGGGGGCUCCCCUAUGCUAAGCAACAGUCUUCCGUUGUGUGUUGUCAGGAUCACAACUAUGGUGCACCCCCCCCUCCUACCCCACCCGCUUCCCCGCUCUCUCAAACCAUCAUCCCUCGAAUGGAUCUUAAUGGCGUGGUACGCAGUUCCCGCUAUAUUCAAACAACAGACGACAACUCGGCAGACAGCGAUAGCUCCUCGGGAGAGGAUGGGGCUAUAGCCAGCUGGUGUCACUGCACGCUGAUGCCAGACGGCUUACUCAUUAAAUGUGACAACUGCAGAGGAUCUGAUGGCAGGAAAGGAACCGAUGGCCAGCACAGGAAAAAUGAAAAUAUAUCAGCUGGAGAGAGCAGCGGGACAGAGAGUGGUGAUGAAGAAGUGUCACCUUCCACGGUCUCUUACACUGCCACCCAGCAUACACCCACCAGCAUCAAACUCACAGUCAACAGAGUCAAAAGAAGCAAAUCGAAAAAGAGGAAAAAAAGCACAGAAAAAGCUGGAGGAACACCAAAGGGCAAGAAAGUUAAAGCUUUUCGAGAGGGUUCUCGGAAGUCUAUGAGGAUGAAGAACUCGACAACGGAGGCCAGUGUGCUAGAUGAGAACACAGAAGAGGGAUGGGAGAAGAGAAUCCGACAGUGGACGGACCAAUAUGAGGAGGCCUCUGCCAACCAGUACAGUGCAGACAUCCAAACGCUGCUACAGCUUCACCGCACUGCUAGCACAACUGUUGGAAACACAGAAAGUGAACCCAUGAGCCUUCCAUCCACCGCACAGACAUCACUUGACGCCAUGGACACCAUCAAUCUCACCGAGCUGGCCUGUAACAACACUGUGCUCGGAUCUCAGAUGCAGCUGCAAUUAGGACGUGUAACACGUGUUCAGAAACACAGGAAGAUACUUCGUGCCGCUAAGACUCUUGACCCUGACAUCCUCAUCAUUGAGUAUCGAGGGAAGGUCAUGCUAAAGCAGCAGUUUGAGGUCAAUGGGCACUUUUUUAAAAAGCCCUACCCUUUUGUAUUGUUUUACUCCAAGUUUAAUGAAAUAGAGAUUUGUGUGGAUGCAAGGACCUUUGGAAAUGAUGCGCGCUUCAUUAGAAGGUCCUGCACACCCAACGCCGAGGUGCGACAUAUGAUUGCUGAGGGUAUGAUACAUCUGUGUAUAUAUGCAAGCAGUCAAAUUACAAAGGAUGCCGAGGUCACAAUUGGAUUUGAUUACGAGUUCAACAGCUGUAAUUACAAAGUGGACUGCGCGUGCCAUAAGGGAAACCAGAAUUGCCCUGUACAAAAACACAACAUGAGCCCCAGGGAAAGCUUGCCGAACUCCCCCUCAAUUCCACCGCCCUCUUUGGUUGGUGCUGAGACACGGCAGAGAAAGGCCCGCAGAAAAGAGCUAGAAGUUUGUACAGAUGGCAAACAGGUUAAGCAGCCCCUAGAGGUCAAAGAGCUGCAAGGACACAGUGAUGCAGAGGGGCCUCUGGAUGAGUUGAAGCUGGAAGAAACUGAGGAAGGGGAGGUGGAUGAUAAUGGAAUUGUCAUGUCCAAUAAAAAAUCACUGAACAAUCUGGAAAAGAGGCGAAGAAAGGCAGGAUCAGAUGUAAACGAGGACGGUUUAGAAACAGAAGAGGGGACAAGGACUGUUCCCAUAUCUCAUAACACAGGGGUAGGCGUUAGCACACGGCGUACUUCCUAUUCCACGGAUACAUUGGCUAUUGAAGAAAAGACCUCAUUACCAAGUCUGCCUGCCCCGGUUGCCCCUCCCAAACCUGCGCGCUCUUCAAAGCCUCGUCCCAAGAGCCGAAUGUCCCGGUACCGCUCCAACUCAUCCCAACGUGCCAGGCGGCAGCGUCAAGCGCUCGCCCAGCAAGCCGCUGCGGCUGCUGCUGCGACGGCAGCUGCAGCUCCCUUAGCCGAGCAAAGUGCCGGUCUUGACGAGGAGGGUUCUCAUGGCCUGUACGGUUCGGUGCUGGGCCAGGUGGAGAGUGCACCGGCGACGGGUCAUCUCUUAGAUGGAGAUGGACAAAAUCUUAACUGCAUGAACAGAGGCAACUUGCGUUACCCCAAGACCAAGAAGUACCUAGUUUCCGAGUGGCUGAAUGAAAAGAUGCCAGGAGCAGAGAAGUUUCAACAAGAGCUGCCGGUUGAGCGGCCACUGCGGAUAACCACCGAUCCAACGGUGCUGGCCACCACCCUCAACAUGUUGCCAGGCCUUUCACACUCAUCUGUUAUCUGCACGACACCCAGACACUAUGUUCGCUUUGGCUCUCCUUUUAAUCCUGAGAGACGCCGGCCACGUCCACUUCAGAUGGACGGCACAUAUGGCUGCUUUAAAAAGAGAUGGAUAAAGCAGGUGGAGGAUGAGAGCUGUUCAGCCAGUGUGGUGGAUGGCACAGAGUCUACCUCCUCGCAGCAAAGCACCAGCAGCAGAUCCACCCCCAAUCCCUUGUCUAGUGAAUUGAAUGCACCUUUCAAGAAGCGCCAUGCCAAGUAUAUGACAGAAACCAUGCUAAUAUCCUCAGACCACUUACUUCGCCCAUUGUCACCCAUCACGCCUCCACUUCCUGAAGACCCCUUACUUCCACUGCUUCAUAAUCCAUGUAGCUCUGUGCUAUCGAAUGGACUUGCAUACUCACCAGUGCCCUCACUGCCGGUCAGCCGCUGUAACACCCCGCUGCAAUUUGAAAAUAUCUCAUCCCCUGAGGUCUCACCUGUUCACCGGCCAGAGUCCAUCUCUCCUGAGCCAUGUCUUCAGACAGACUUCGACAUCCCUCGGACCCAGUUCCCGGAUCUUUCAUUGUCCUGUACCACGGAGAGCCCUAUGGCAGUGGCCACAGAUGACUUUUCCGUUCCUGGAACUCCUUCAAGCAAUGAUUUCCAAGACCCAUCCUCUGGGGGAAUCAGUUCCUUAAAGCCAGUGUCAAGUUCAACCUCAGACCAAACCCCACAAACGAGGGAUCAUGCCUUCAGGACAGAGUUCAACCUCAUAUACACCUGCUCCCCCCUCAAUGCAAACUUGGGAAACACUGACCGACGCCUCUCUUUGUCAGAAGGAGGGUUCUCCCCUGCAGAGUCUGUACAUAAUUCCUUGAGUGGCCAGGGGCUGUUUGGGGAUGUAGGGCCUGGAUGUAUGUCACCAUACAGUGAUCUUCAGUAUGGUGGUGGCUACCCAGAAAGGAGCACAUCCCCGCAUACCAGCAACCCACCACAAAAAAAGAAGAGGGCCAACCAUCAUACCAUUAGUCUGCUGACAGGGAAGCCAGAUUACCAGGCUAUAGCUGUAAGAAGUGAAUACAAGGCAGUACAAAAUAUGGUGUCAUUGUUGGAGUACCGUAAGAGGAAACAAGUUAGCGGCCGUGACCCUGACACAUCUAGCUGCAGUUCAUCCCUGGGUAGCACCCCUACUGGACCUAGUUCUCACCACAUGCAGGAAACCCACCUUCCCCAUUACAUGAUGCGUGCUCUCGCCUCACCACGCAAUUGCGGGUCAUCAUCAGGACGCAGCGGCUCCAACCCUCAGAUAGAAGAGGUCAGUCCUCCGGAACAGCAGGGCUCAUCCGCGCAGGCGAGACAUCCAGAUAGGACUACCCAGUGGAUGGUCCCUACCAGUGUUGAACGUCUACGUGAAGGUCAAGGGACACUGGAGCGAGUGCUGAGAAGCAUGAAGAUAGAGCAAAUGACCAAGAGAAGCAGCAUUUCUACAGAGAAAGAAUCUGAUCCAGAUCAGUAUGACAUGCAGUCAAUGAACAUUCCUUCACCACUGAAGAGCCCUCAACACAGAUACAGUCCAUCAAUGUAUUCACAUCAGUCAUCAGAGGGACACCUGCAGACCAACAGCCCCUCGUUGCUUCAGCAACCUUCCACCUCGCCAUUUAGAAGUUGCUACAGCCACCCGUCAGGCAAGAGCUACUACUACUUCCCCUCCUCCUCCCAUACAGGCCCAUCUCAGGACCACCCUUCAUCUACCUAUCCCGCUCAUUCCCCAGCAACCUCAUCAGACUCCAAGCUUUCAGGAGACUUGCUACAGAUGCAGAGUAGCAACAACGACGCAGAUGGACCCUUCAGUUGCAAUAGCCACCCAAAAGUGGGCCAUUUGAACAGGGGCAACCUGGCCGCGUCUCCCGCCACGGGGCAGUGGGCUCACGGGCUUACGAACACGGACGCGAGCUCCGCGGCGACCAGGGGGAAUCAACAGCAGGUUUCUCGAAACGUCAAGUCGGGCACCCCAAGCUCGAGACUGCUGUCGGUCUCCGGACAAACAAACUACCCGCAGCGAGGGACGAGCCUCGGUCAGUUACAGCACUCUCCACUACAGGGCCCGGGCGUACGGACUCAGUCGGGAAGCUUUUAG